AUGGCUUCCAUCUUCGAAGCGGCGGAUAUUCCGGAACUUACCAAACUGGCACGCGACCUAUAUCUUACAUGCAAUUCUAUCUCCGGAGAUGCCCCUGACGGCUUCAAUCAGCUUGUGGCGAGCCUGGAAUCCCUGCAUAGCGUGUUUCAGACCCUGAAAGAUGAUGUCAGCUCCAGCAAGAUCGAGCUUUCAGAGUCAGAUGAGGAAUGCAAGCAUACCCUCCAUCGGUGCCUAAACUCGUGCUCAGGGACCUUGCAGCAGCUGAAGGAGGUGGUCGACAUGUACCGAAAUCUAGGGUUUGAGAAUGGGAGACAGCUAUGGCAGUCCAUAGAUUGGAUGACACAGCAAGCAUUUAUUGACGAUCUUAAGUCUAAGAUCGUGGCUCAUACAUGCCAUUUGGGUGUAUGUGUCGGCUCUCUCACCAAGCCUUCUAUAGAAAGAAGUGAAAGUUCAGCGACGAAGGAUUCGGCAAAUAAUAUACCUCUCCCAACUCCGGCAUCUUGGCAGGCACAUGACGACGUCUCGCCGAUUUCGAUAUCAGUAUCUACGCCUCGCCAGCAGAAUGUCUUCAUCCUGGCGGAGCUAGAAGGGACACAACCAAGCAGGUCAAAUCCCGCCGCUCCACAAUCUGCAUGUCCGCCAGAAGACCCCUCUCAUGUCUCGGCUUCCUCCGAAUCCGUUGUGUCGGGGCACUCAGACACGUCUAGUUUCACGGCUACUACGUACACCUCACCUACUAGUCCAGCUACUUCGACGUACAGCCCUUCGCAAUCAGUUGUACCAGAGGUCUUCUCGACGGAGAAAGAAGUGGUUUGGUCUCGUGGACCAGGAUCUGGAUUCUCAGCUAUCCAACAUCAAGGGCGAAUUCAACGGUCAACCUCAAUAAAACCAGGCGAGUCAACGCCGUGGGGUAGCCCUGGCCAUUCAGGAGCUGAUGCGAUACAAGAACUCCACCGACGGCAACUACGAGAGCAGCUGUUCCGGUCGCUGCGGUGUGAACCACGUGAUAAGAUGCAUCAGCCUGAUGCAGAACUUCUCGCAAGUUUUGAUCAUAUAGCCCACAAGGAAGAGCGGGCCCAGCAACUCACUGCGAGAUGCUGGCUGUUAGUUGCUGUGUGGUGGCUUCUGAAGGCCAGGACAGCCCUUACGAAUAGCGAGAGAUCAACAAUUUCAAGCACCAGAGGCAGCGUGAGCCCGUCUGCACUGUCAUGUAACUCGAGUCACCAGGCAUAUGUGGACCUUCUGAAAGCGUCAUAUAUCCUAUAUGACAUAGUCUUGAAUUGUGACAACCCACAGCUGCUUUUGGAGGAUGAAAUCAGAAAAAUGAUCUCGGAUCUAUCAGACAGUCUCAAAGAGGACUUUGGACAAUUUAGCGCCGUGGAUGUUCCUGAUUACGCUGCGAUCCAUUCGCAAAACCUCGACUUCUGGGAACCUAUACAGCCCGAAGAGAUGAUUGGGAAGGAUGGCCAACCGGCUAAACCAGGAAACUUCUGCUAUAUUACAGUAGAACUGGAGGAUGCUGGUAAAGAGGAUGAGCAAGUUCUUUUCCGCACUUUCGUGAAUGCAGGGAUCGGGGCUAAGAAGCUCCGUAUGCGAUCCAGAGGCGCUCCGUACAUGCUACUUUUGUCUACAAAGUAUGGUGAAAGCGAGCCAAAAAUUAGCCUCUGCAACCAAUACGGAACAUUUUGUCUACAGCGAGACUUGACACCAGGAGAUCUAGCUCAGCUGAUCCAGGUAUCAAAUGCAUCACUCACCGAUCUAUCCGUGCCAAAGCCAACAGAACCUCUGACCCUGAAGUUUGACGCAAUGACUUUGUCUAUUUCAUUCCAAUACAUGUCAGAUAUCAUGCAAGUGAUCAGCAUGCCCAAAGCGUACUUCGAUGCCGUCCAGAUACGGGAGCCACUUGAUUCCGACCAAUUCACAGAAAAGGUUAUUUUCAAAAUUCCGGCCGAGUCAGUUGAGCAGUUGAGGAUGCCUAGCAUGGUGUCAACUAGUCCUCCCACAGUACACAGAUCCUGCGAAGUGCGCAUCUUGGAAAGGUCUUUUGGCGAGGCGUGGCGCUCUAUCCGACGCAUGGUCAUCAGUUCUUCAAUAGCUGAUAAGCCAGGACAGGCUACCGAGCUUUUCAUGCCUCUGAGCCAUGUACAAGUCAGCCGUACGACGGCUUCUGGAUUCAUCUUGCUGAAAUGGUCAGACACUGGUCAGGAGAGGUCCAGCAAAACAGACGGGAACUACCAUCCACUUUUCACUUACGUCUAUGACGGCAGCAAUCCAAACAUAGGCCUUGGUAUCCAGUUUCGCUCACAGGAGGCUGCGGAUAACCUGGAAAGGGCUGUUCUGGGUCUAAGCCAGAAGCCCGCCUUCACCUGGUCUCAGGCCAAAAGCUCAGGGCAGGUCUACGAAGUUGCUGACAUUGCGCCCGAUGAGAAACGUUAUAAGGCGGUGAUGAUAUGUCGCACUCGUGCGGAAUGGAAGCAGUGCAGUCUACAUUAUCUCUUCAGGGAUAUGGACUACCUGUACGAUCAUUCUAGUCUUCGUGUGAGAUUUCCCCGUGCAUUAUUCGCCACUUACAUAUCAUCACAUGUUGAUCAGCUAUAUCGGGCUGAUGGUCGAGUGUUUUUCUCUCACUGCGAAAAAGAGUUCAGGGAUAUGACAGUGGAGUUUCACGAAGAGCGCGUGCUGAUGGCAUUCAUGUCCUCGCUUGCAUCCACAUACAAGCUGGUCUUCUCCAGGAGAGCCACAUCCCUCACGACCAAGGAAAAGCUACUGGUCCUCGGUCCUAGAAAGUCGGUGAAAGGAGACUCACAAGUCCAGCUAUGGCGCGAUGGAAAUACCAUUCGUCUUGCUUCGCGUUGGAGCGACCGUAUAACGGACAGGUGGCUCACGAUGACCAUACCACCAUCUGAACCAUCCAGAGCCGGAAAUCUGGUCAGCUUCCCCCCAAGCAGCUAUUCAAGGGGGAUGGUCCUCAACAUGACAAAGAUAGCAUCAGGGGCAGCCAAAAAUCAGAAUAGAGAGCAUAAAACGGGGCCAAUAACGAUCACCUUUCCCCAUCUAAAAGACCGAGAAGAAUUCGUUGCUGUAAUAACGAACAAUCAAUUGAAGUAG